AUGAGGGAGUUGAUAACCUGUAACUACCUUCAAGAUAGAUCCGGGGAUAAACUUUUGGGAGGAAGAUUUGUUGGAAGCACAGAUCCCAUCAUGGAGAUUCUCAGCUCUUCUAUAUCCACUGAGCAGAGACUGUCUGAAGUUGAUAUCCAGGCAAGCAUGGCUUAUGCCAAAGCCUUGGAGAAGGCUAGCAUCCUAACCAAAACUGAGCUGGAGAAGAUCCUGAGUGGCCUGGAAAAGAUCUCUGAGGAAUCAUCUAAGGGAAUCCUUGUAAUGACCCAAAGUGAUGAGGAUAUCCAGACUGCCAUUGAACGCAGACUGAAGGAGCUGAUUGGGGAUAUAGCUGGAAAGCUGCAGACUGGAAGAAGCAGGAAUGAACAGGUUGUGACUGACCUGAAGCUGCUCCUGAAGAGUUCCAUCUCUGUCAUCUCCACUCACCUGCUGCAGCUCAUCAAGACCCUGGUGGAGCGCGCUGCUAUAGAAAUUGAUGUUAUCAUGCCUGGCUAUACCCACCUGCAGAAAGCUCUGCCCAUCAGAUGGAGCCAGUUCCUGCUCAGCCAUGCUGUUGCACUGACCCGUGAUUCUGAGCGCCUGGGUGAGGUGAAGAAAAGGAUCACUGUCUUGCCUCUGGGAAGUGGUGUCCUGGCAGGCAACCCACUGGAAAUUGACAGAGAGCUUCUGCGUAGCGAACUGGACAUGACUUCCAUCACCCUGAACAGCAUAGAUGCCAUCAGUGAGAGAGACUUUGUGGUGGAAUUAAUCUCUGUUGCCACCCUGCUGAUGAUCCACCUUAGCAAGCUGGCCGAAGAUCUCAUCAUCUUCAGCACCACUGAGUUUGGCUUUGUGACCCUCUCUGAUGCCUACAGCACUGGCAGCAGCCUGUUGCCUCAGAAGAAGAACCCUGAUAGCCUGGAACUGAUCCGCAGCAAAGCUGGUCGUGUGUUUGGACGGUUGGCUGCUAUUCUCAUGGUUCUGAAAGGAAUUCCAAGCACCUUCAGCAAGGAUCUGCAGGAGGAUAAGGAAGCUGUCCUUGAUGUUGUGGACACUCUGACUGCUGUGCUCCAAGUUGCCACUGGAGUGAUUUCUACCCUCCAGAUCAACAAGGAGAACAUGGAGAAGGCUCUGACCCCUGAGUUGCUGUCUACUGAUCUGGCUCUCUACUUGGUUCGUAAAGGAGUGAUGGUCAGUGUGGGUCAACAAACACGAGAGCUGGAAACACAUUCUUUACAUGUAUCCCAAGUAGUGGAACUGCUGCCGGGUGGACUUGAUAGUAAUUUACAGAUGCCCAUCAGACAAGCCCAAACUGCUUCUGGGAAGGCCGUCCACCUUGCUGAGACUAAAGGCAUCACCAUCAAUAAUCUCACCCUGGAGGACCUGAAGAGCAUCAGCCCUCUGUUUGCCAGUGAUGUCUCCCAGGUCUUCAGCGUUGUCAACAGCGUGGAGCAGUACACUGCUGUGGGUGGUACUGCCAAGAGCAGCGUGACUGCCCAGAUCGAGCAGCUGAGGGAGCUGCUGAAGAAGCAGAAGGAGCAAGCUUAGAGUGUGGGGACAUAUCCCGUGGCUGCAGCGUUGUGCUUAUCACACUAAUCCAGAGUUAAUAAACACUGUGGUGUAUUGUAGUUCACUGAAACUUCUGUGUUGCGUAUUGCUUUCAAGGGACAAAAUUGGGCUUCCUCAGCCCUUCUGGGGCUGGUCACUGGUGUGAAUGAACUCUCUCCUUCCUGGCAAAGGAACUGGUAUGAGGGGAGAAACUCUACUGGGCAAGGAGGGCAACAGGAGGGUGUGUCUACAUCAGGAGACCUGCAAAUGAUGGGAGCAGUUGGACACAGCACAAGGCUGGACACAGCUGUGCCACAGCAAGCUAUACAACAUGCUGAGGAAAGAUCGGGGUGUGCGUAGGGAAAGACACAUGGUACUAUAUCUGUAACACAUGCCACAUGUCCAGCCCUCAUUGAAUUCCAGCUAGGACUAUCUUUCCCAGCCAGUCAGGCUGUCUGCCUUCUGGCAGGGAAAAAUUUCCUCAUCAGCUGGCAGUGGAACAUGCUUAGUCUUAAGCAGAACGUGGUCAGCAGGACAAUCCACAGCUCCUCCUCAUUCAUCAUUAAACCACCUUCUGCUCUGGUUUACUCCAAAAAACAGGAGUUGCAUUGUUUCCAGGAAAGCUCUUUUUUCUGUGUGACCCAGUACAAGCUAGCUGGGGGCAGAGUACUUGAAAAUAAGCUGGCAUUGCUGGCUAACCCUUAGUAAUAAUCUACCAUCUUCCCUUCUGCCCUUGCAAAUGUAAAAUCAGAACACAGGCAAGAAAAAGCAUUAUAUUAGGAAUGCAAGUGCACCACUUUGGUGUCUUUUUUUAUGGGGAAAAUAUUUGAUUCAAUAAGCAUUUGUAACAUUCCCCUGCAUUAGUGUUCUGCAGUGAUUUCUGCAUGGAAUGACUGCAUGGAAUGACUUCAAUGAAAGGCAAAGGAAAAACUGUUUCUAUAGAGAAGACGGGAGAUUUCAUUAAACACUAACUUGGUACUGACAGUACAAUAGUGCUAACUGUCAUGGAAAAUUUCUCUUUUGUCAAAACAUUUUAAAGCUGGUGGUUUGCUCAGCACCCUGCCCUCCACGCUGAUACAGCAACACAUUACUGACUCAGAGUACUGCAAGGCUCUGCAACACACGUAGGUAAAGGCAGGAACACAAGCAUUGCCUCACCAUGUUUUGGUUAAGGACUGUAGCACAGACAGUGCAAAGUACUGUGAACUAAACCUCCUGCCAUUAAUGAUGUACUACAGAAGACAAUAAGUGCUUUCAAUCUACCUUUACAGCAUUAGUUCUUGAAAUACAUAGAAGCACCAGCAAUACAAACUUCCCUUUCUUCAACGCUUCAUAUCACCCUCACUCUCCCCUUACUUUUAGCCUUAAACAUGAUUUAUUCUGCUGCCAUGUAAAGAACACCACAUUUAAAUUACUGCUCCAUAAACCACCUUUGUAUUUGCUCUGUUACUUUAUGUUCCAAAACAGAAACAGAGCUUGUGCCUGAGUCUCUAGAUAGGUUAGCUGUGGAAGGGAAAUCACUUCUGCUUACUUAACUGAGGGGAAAGGUGCAAUAGAAGGAGAGGUGACACCAAUACCCAACACUAACAAAGCCAGAGCAAAAGAUCUCUCUCCAUUUCUUUCUCAUAUUUCUUUCCUUCUCUCCCAUAAUCUUUCUCAAUUUGUGCUACUCCCCUCUUUUUCUUUGUUUGUAUCUCCUAGCCCUGCUCAGUACCUUAAGAGGUCUCAGCCAAACAGAUUUCCUCUUGCUCCUAGCAGCAAGUGCCUAGCAUUACUCCUUAUAGCUGGUACCAAAUGACAUGGGGCCCUGCCAAAUUGAAAGCAAAGCAGAGAUUUUAGCAGAUUGUCACAUCACAGUCUCCUACGUAGAUGAGUAGUUCAUAAUCAUUGCUACUUCCCACCAAUCCACCGUUUUCUUAAAAUUAUGGAAUAACAUUGAUGGGGAGGAGACUCUGAAGGUCUCUGAAGCUCCACAGACAUUACAGGAAACUGACCCAGAACACCUUCACACUUCCACUGUCACUCUAUUAUGACACAUUGUGAUCUGAGUGCUUAAAGCCCUGCCUCUCAUCCUCAGAAGUUCUGCACAAACAUAAGGAUCAGUGCCUUGGACAGUAGUUGGGGGGGACUUGGACUUAAAUCCCUGCUCUGUCACAGACAACAGGAAGUCAUUUAAGCCAAGAAUUCAAUAGCUAUCAAUUUAGAUAGGCAUUCUGAUAUGUAGUCUUUUAAUAAACU